CGUUGUUUAUCAUAUAGGUUGUCGUUCUUUCACUGCUUGUGUAUCUCACUCGGUGUUUCUGCGUCUGCUUCUUUCCAGUGUAACAAAGCACUCUAUUACUCCAGGUAUCCUUCCCAGAUGAGAGGCAUUCAGGUGGCACAGUAUGUUAAGAGCCCGCAAGAGCUCAGGGUCACGGAGCUUCCAGACCCUACACCUGCUUCAGAUGAGUACUUGAUUGAAGUUCAUGCUGCGGCAACCAACUUUUUCGACAUUCUUCAGAUUCAGGGCAAAUACCAGAAUCAACCACCAUUCCCCUGGGUAUCAGGUGCCGAGUUCGCCGGCGUGGUUCUCGCCACCCCUUCCGGCCUCAAGGACCCCAAGUUCCCCGUCGGUUCACGUGUGUUUGGAGCUAGCCAGGGUGCGUACGCUACCAAAGUCAAGGCCAAGGAGACGGCCCUCCUCCCAGCUCCCGAAGGCUGGUCGCUUGUGGAUGCUGCCGGCCUCUUUGUGACGGCACCAACGAGCUAUGGAGCCCUUGUUGUUCGGGCCGGCGUCAAGAAGGGCGACUUCGUCCUUGUUCACGCUGCGGCCGGUGGUGUAGGUCUUGCCGCAGUCCAAGUUGCAAAGGCGUUUGGAGCAACUGUCAUUGCUACGGCCGGAACCAAGCACAAGCUCGAAGUCGCCAAGUCCUUUGGCGCUGAUCAUGUCGUCGACUACACGGACCCCAAGUGGCCCGAGAUGGUUAAGAAGUUGACUCCCAAAGGCAAGGGUGUUGACAUUGUCUACGAUCCUGUCGGCUUGGUAGAUCUGAGCACCAAAUGCACUGCGUGGAAUGGCCGCAUCUUGAUUGUCGGUUUCGCUGCCGGCAAGAUCGAGAAGGUGGCGAUGAACAAGGUUCUUCUCAAGAACAUCAGCCUCGUCGGUGUUCAUUGGGGCCAAUACGCUGUUCAUGAGAAGGAGACGGUGGUGACCGUGUGGCAAGGCAUCAUGAAGUUGAUUGCCGAGGGCAAGUUCAAACCGACGGUGUUCAGCGACAAGGAGUUCGUCGGUCUCGAAAAAAUUCCGGAUGCAUUGAUCGCUCUGGGAGGUCGUGAGACCUGGGGAAAGAUUCUUAUUCUCCAUCCAGUGACCAUCCCCGGCUCUGUUUCCGCCACUUGUAUCUUGUCUCUUGUCAGAUUCGUUUCCCAUUCGAAAACCCCACCAACCGCCAAACUGUUCUCCUCAACCUUUAGAAGAACUCUCCGAUCCAGCGCAUCUGGUCUCACAGUCGCUGCUGCCGCAACCGCCUUCAAGAAAAACACUCCGGUUCAACCUGCCGAACUUCAGGCCGUCACAAAAAGAAACAUGCACAGCAAAGUAGUCAUCAUCGGCUCUGGGCCGGCCGCCCACACUGCCGCCAUCUACCUGGCCCGCGCCGAGCUGAAGCCUGUACUCUACGAGGGCUUCAUGGCCAAUGGCAUCGCCGCCGGUGGCCAGCUCACCACCACGACCGAGAUCGAGAACUUCCCCGGUUUUCCCGAUGGCAUCAUGGGCCAGGAGCUGAUGGACAAGAUGAAGGCUCAGUCUGAGCGUUUCGGCACCCAAAUUAUCAGCGAGACCGUUGCCAAGGUCGACCUCUCUGCCCGCCCCUUCAAGUACGCUACCGAGUGGUCCCCCGAGGAGUACCACACUGCCGACUCCAUCAUCCUGGCCACCGGCGCCUCUGCCCGCAGACUUCAUCUCCCUGGAGAGGAGAAGUACUGGCAGAACGGUAUCUCUGCCUGCGCCGUUUGCGAUGGUGCCGUUCCUAUUUUCCGCAACAAGCACCUCGUUGUCAUUGGUGGUGGCGACUCCGCUGCUGAGGAGGCCAUGUACCUCACCAAGUAUGGCAGCCACGUUACAGUGUUGGUUCGCAAGGACAAGUUGAGGGCCAGCAGCAUCAUGGCCCAUAGGUUGUUGAACCACGAGAAGGUCACUGUCAGGUUCAACACCGUCGGUGUCGAGGUCAAGGGUGACGACAAGGGUCUCAUGAGCCACCUGGUCGUCAAGGAUGUUACCACUGGCAAGGAGGAGACUCUUGAGGCCAACGGUCUUUUCUAUGCCAUCGGUCACGAUCCUGCUACCGCCCUCGUCAAGGGCCAGCUUGAGACUGACGCCGAUGGCUACGUUGUCACCAAGCCUGGCACUACCCUUACCAGCGUUGAGGGUGUCUUUGCUGCUGGUGAUGUUCAGGAUAAGAGGUACAGACAGGCUAUCACCAGUGCCGGUACCGGCUGCAUGGCUGCCCUCGAUGCCGAGAAGUUUUUGUCGGAGCACGAGGAAACCCCCGCCGAACACCGCGACACCAGCGCCGUGCAGGGCAACCUCUAGAGUUGAUUUCUUGGAUAGACAGCGUUUCGCUUAAAAAGUUGGUUCUGAAAAUACAGGAAUGAUACCCAGAGUAUGGCCGGCAAUUUUGAAUGCUUGAAAUUUUAGAUGUGCCAUGGAAGAUAAGAGAGAUGUUAGUUGUUGCCGCACCCGGGCAGUUCGUAUAUGUAGUGUUUAUACCAAAACACCAGUGAACAAGGAUUGGUCUCGUUGGCUUUGUGGAGCUAUGACUCCCUACCCAAGGAAGCACUUGAAAAAUAAAAUAAAUAUAUAUAAGGAAGUCACGG